UGGACACCAUGCCAGCAGCACGCACGCCACGCACGCACAAGAUGGCCACGUCCGACGCCGCCGCUGACGAGGUCUGCGGCGACGACGCCCUCGACGUGCUCGCCGCCUCGCUGCCGCGGGAGACGCGGCACACGCCGUUCCCGCUGCGGCAGUACCGCGGCUUCUGGCUGCCGGAGCAAGCCCUCCACGGCGUGGCGGCCGCGCACGCGCGGUUCGAGCCGAGGCCGUCCGACGUCUUCCUCGCCAGCGUCCCCAAGUCCGGCACCACCUGGCUCAAGGCGCUGGCCUUCGCCACGGCAGGCCGCGCCGAGCACCCUCCCUCCGGCGACUCCCACCCGCUCCGCCGCCGCGGCCCGCACGACUGCGUCCGGUUCCUCGAGUUCACCCUCGCGCAGCCGGACGGCGAGGGCAAGCUCGCGGCGCUCCCUUCGCCGCGGCUGCUCUCCACCCACCUGCCCUACUCCCUCCUGCCGCAGCGCGUCAGGGCGGACGGCGACGGCGGCGGCGGCUCCGGCUGCCGGAUCGUGUACAUCUGCCGUGACCCCAAGGACGUGCUCGUCUCGUGGUGGCUGUUCAUCAAGAAGGGCAUGGCCGCGACAUGCACGGCCGAGGAGGUCCUCGAGCAGUUCCUCGGCGGCCGGUGCAUCGGCGGCCCGCCGUGGCGCCACGCCCUCGAGUACUGGGAGGAGAGCCGGAGGCGGCCGGAGAAGGUGCUCUUCCUCCGCUACGAGGACAUGCUGCGCGCGCCGGCGCGCCACGUGAGGAGGCUGGCCGAGUUCAUGGGGUGCCCGUUCUCCGGCGAGGAGGAGGCGGCUGGGGUGGCGGACGACGUCGUCGAGCUGUGCAGCUUCGGCCACCUCGCGAGCCAGGAGGUGAACAAGGCCGGCAGCAUGGGCUUGACCUACCGUUCCAUCACCAUCAGCAACGACUUCUUCUUCCGCAAGGGCGUGGCCGGCGACUGGAGCAACCACCUGUCGCCGGAGAUGGCCGCGCGGCUCGACGCGGUCGUCGAGGACGCGCUGCGAGGAACCGGGUUUACCUUUGCCGCCGGCGGUGACUCCUCCACGUGAGGAGCUGCACCGGCGGUGCUCCGGGCAUCCCAUGCCUUGGUGUUACUGGUGACCAUGGCCGGCCGGGAAGCAUUUCAACCCACGUCGUACUCCGAAUCACACGAUGAAUAAAGAGUUUCGUACAAAUAAAUGUGUCUGAGAAAUAUUAUCAUUGUUAUGGUUCAGUCCAUUUCUAUGAUUAAAUACAGUGUGUACUAAUAACAAUAAUCAUAUACAUAUAUAUAUAUAUAUAUAUAAUUUGUGAAAUUAAGGUGGGUUAAGCUUUAAAAUAAUACAUAUACAACUUGUGAAAUUAAGGAACAAAACAAAAACCAACGGAUCUAAAGAAAAACCAUCCCUAGCUUUGAAAUUAAGGAUAGACGGGUGCUAGUGGAUAAGAUCGUAUCGGUUGAGAAAAACAAAUGUCUGAGACGGGUGAAAUAUAUCUAUUUUUUUCACUUAUCAUAACUCAGGACAGAUGUCCCCAUCUGUCUAGUCAUGCGAGUGGAUUGAAGUCCACCCCCAUC